UUAAGUGCAGUACUUGAGUAAAUGUACUUAGUUACUUUUCACCUCUGUCCAUCUCCACACAGGACCUCUGAAGCUCUAUGAUAAAGGCCUUUCUUGCUUUGUCACUCAGUUUGGCCAGAUUCCAGGAAGAAUGCUGGUGGAUACAAACAUCUUCCAUUUCACAACUAUUGGGGCCACUUUGCUCCUAUAAAAACUCAAAGCUUUAGAAACACUUUUAUACCCUAGCCCUGAUCACUGCCUGCUCAUAAUUUUAUCAUGGAGGUCUACACUGAGCUCCUUGGACUUUAUGACUUGGUUUUUGUCCUGACAUGAAUUGUGGGACUUUAUAUAUACAGGGGUUUCUGAACUAUGUUCAGUUCAAUUUGCCACAGGUGGGACCUCAGUAAAGUACAUGUCAAACAAAGAUGCAUAUGACGACAGUUUGGAGAGCCACAGCAAAGGCAUCUAAGAGAUUUUAGUUUUUGGUCUUUAAUAAAUUCUAAAAUAUGCUUGCACUUUGCUAUUAUGAGUUACUGAAAGUAGAUUGAUGGCCGAAAAAGGCAGUUUUAUCUGUUUAAAUUUAAAUCUUCACAGUUAAGCAUGGCAAAACUACUUUGAGGCCACUUCACGUAUACCGGUUCAAAUGACAAGUCAAUAGUUAUCUGCUUUCAUAAAAGGGGUCUCACUCAUGUUGCAGUAGAAAUGUGUGAUCUCAACUCGUCUGUGCAAGAGCAAAUUUGUCACACGCCCACAAAGUUUCCGUUGUGGGAGUUGGAGAGCUGACUACAAAAGGUGGUAGGGGGAGCAAUUCCAGCCAGACUGUUCAGCUUUUACUUCUGUACAAUGGCCAUGAUGCACACAUUCUGCAUUUUAUUUUCCUUUCACCUCCUCUUCCUUACAGGGGCCUCUGGAAGUGGCAUAGUGGGUGGAAAGGUUUCAAAGCCUCAUUCCAGACCCUACAUGGCAUCACUCCAGUUUCGCAGACAUCAUUCAUGCGGCGGGAUACUUAUUCGAGAGGACUUUGUUCUAACUGCAGCACACUGCAAAAACAAAAAUGAGAAAAUGACAGUGGUACUUGGAGCACAUAACAUAAGCAAGGAAGAAAAAAGCCAGCAGUGGAUCCAAGUGGCUAGUUACCAUCCACAUCCACAAUACACUCGAGAAGUUGAUUAUGACAUAAUGCUACUAAAGUUACAAAAAAAAGCCACACUGAACAAGUACGUGCAAGUCAUCGGACUACCUAGGAAAGAUGGGAAAAUCCCAGCAAAUAUUAAAUGUACUGUUGCUGGCUGGGGCAUCACUGGAGCUGGAAGGUCUUCCUCAGAUGUACUGAAGGAAACCACAGAGAAGAUGCAAUUCAGCUUUGAGUGCAGAAACAAAUGGAAAGAACACUUCAACAGCAGUCACAUGAUAUGUACCACAUUUAACAGAAAGAAUGGAGGGGUUUGCCAGGGUGAUUCAGGUGGACCACUUCUCUGCAACAGCAAGCCUAUGGGUAUAACAGCCUUUACCUUUAAAGACGACUGCAGUGAUCCCAAGUAUCCCCAUGUCUUCACCAAAAUUAAUUUCUUUCUUCCCUGGAUUAAGAAGAUUAUGCAGGGAUAGAUGCAGGGAUAGCUGCUAUUUAGA